AUGCCCAUCAAAACUCUUCAAGAAUACGAUCCAGAUCAGAUCCACGCCGAUUCUGAUUUGAUAGCUGAUUCGCAAAUAAAUUAUGAUGACGCUAUAGCAUACUGGUCAUCAGUGCCUGCAUCAGUCAAUGGUGUCUUGGGUGGAUUUGGUGAACAAACCCCUGUGCCCAAAGCCGAUAUCGUUGGAUCCAUGACCUUUUUAAGAAAACUAGAGACUAGAAUGUCGUGUCCUGCCCCAUACAAGAAAUUGACCAUUGACAUGGGUGCUGGUAUAGGAAGAAUAACUCGAGAUUUGUUAUGGCGUGUAAGUGAUACUGUUGACUUGUUAGAACCAGUAAAGCCAUUUGUGGCUCAAAUGGAAACAGAAUUAACUCAAGUGCAACAAAAAGGAAAAUUAGGCACCAUUUAUGAUAUUGGUAUGCAAGACUGGAUACCUGAACCAGAAAAAAAGUAUUGGUUGAUCUGGUGUCAAUGGUGUGUCGGACAAUUACCUGACGCCGAAUUGGUGGAAUUUUGGAAGAGAUGUAAAGAUGCCUUGAUUGAAAAUGGUGUUGGUACUAUGAUUGUCAAGGAAAAUAUUGCUCCUUUUGAAGAUAUUUUUGAUGAAACUGACAGUUCUGUCACUAGAACUGAUGCCAAGUUUAGACAAUUAUUUAUCGAAGCAGGAUUUAAGUUGAUUGCUAGUGAUGUACAGAAAGGAUUACCCAAGGAGUUAUUUCCAGUGAGAAUGUAUUGUCUCAAGCCGCAAUAG